CCUGUACACGGGUGCAGCAGCAGCAGCAGCAGAGAUCCUGAAUACCGUUUGGAGACCCCGAAAGCAAAAAGAACCGAUCGAGAGAUGGCUGAUAAGAAAGCCAUCCUGUUCAACUUCUGGGGAGUCGCCGUCUCUGCCCGACCUGCUGCCAUUUUUAAAAAGCUGGAAGAGUUGCACAACCUACCGGGAGGUUUUCUCUCCAGUGUGGUGUCCAAAGACGACAGCGCCUUGAGGCAGGCUGAGAGAGGAGCCAUGACACUUACACAGAUGAUCCCAGCUUUGGAGGCCGAGUGUGUGCAGGAAGCCCGGGACAGGAGUGUGACUCUGCCGUCUGAUUGGUCAGUUAAAGGCCUGCUGGACAAACUCACAGAGGCGAUGAUGGACGUCCAAGCAGCCGUGCUGAAGACAGCUGCUGGCCUGCGACGCAGCGGGUUACUGACAGCUGUGCUGGCCAAUCACUGGGUAGAUGACAGAGCGGCUGGAGAUGGCACAGGUCGCCUUCUCUCUCUGCUGGGAGGCCAUUUUGACCUGGUCCUCCAGUCCUGCCACUUAGGUCACAGGGUCCCUGAGCCCGCCAUGUUCAGCUCUGCCCUGCAGCGCCUGGGAGUGACGCCCAAACAGGCGUUGUGGCUGGAUGCUGAUGUUGAGGGUGUAAAAGCCGCAGAGGGAGCAGGGAUGAAGGCCGUCUUGGUGGAAAAUCUGGAUGCUGCUCUGGAGAAACUGUCUGAAUUUACUGGCUUUCAGGCUGUUGAAACAGUGAGCCCCCCACCAUCCUGCAUCCCUGAUGAAGUGUCCCAUGGCUACAUCACCAUAAAACCUGGUGUGAGGACUCAUUACGUGGAAAUGGGCUCCGGUCCACCGGUGCUACUGUGUCACGGUUUCCCGGAGAGCUGGUACUCCUGGAGGUACCAGAUCCCAGCCUUGGCUGCAGCAGGAUUCAGGGUUUUAGCUCUGGACAUGAAAGGAUAUGGAGAGUCCACAGCGCCCCCUGACAUAGAGGAAUAUUCUCAUGAGGAGCUUUGUAAGGAGUUAGUCGUAUUUUUGGAUAAAAUGUCCAUACCACAGGUCACCCUGGUGGGUCACGACUGGGGCGGCUCCCUGGUGUGGGCCAUGGCCCGCUUCUAUCCCGAGAGAAUCAGGGCUGUGGCAUCAUUGAACACCCCAAUGUUCAAGUUGAAUCCUUCGGUUCCUGCUUUCGAGAGACUGAAGGCUAUUCCAAUAUUCGACUAUCAGGUCUACUUCCAAACACCAGGUGUGGCGGAGGCCGAGCUGGAGAAGGAUUUGGAGAGGACGUUCAAGAUUUUCUUUUCCAGCAGUAGUGAAGCGAAGGGUCGUCCCCCUCUCAGCACCGCAGGAGUGUGCGCUCGAGGUGGCCUGUUUGUGGGUCUGCCGGAGCAGAUUCCCAGGAGCUCCAUGCUGACAGAAGCUGACCUGCAGUACUACGUCAGCCAGUACAAAGAAAGAGGCUUCAGGGGGCCCUUGAACUGGUAUCGAAACAGUGAUGCAAACUGGAAGUGGAUGUGUUCCCGGCCCUUUGAGAAGCUGCUAAUGCCGACAAUGAUGCUGACAGCGGGUAAAGACCCCGUACUGCUGCCGUCCUUUACCAAGGGAAUGGAGGACUCUAUGCCAAACCUGACCAGAGGACACAUCGAAGAGUGUGGACACUGGACACAGAUGGAAAAGCCGGCAGAGACCAACAAAAUCCUGAUAUCCUGGCUUAAAGAGGCGCACAAGAAGACUGAAGGUGGUACUGUGGCUCCCAAACUGUGAGGA